AUGGAACCCAUCGUGUUAGACCAAGGUACUGGAUUUGUUAAGAUUGGAAGAGCAGGGACCAAUUUCCCCGACCAUACGUUCCCUUCAAUGGUUGGACGUCCAAUCUUAAGAGCUGAGGAACGUACUGUGGAAGGUGACUUAGAGAUCAAGGACAUUAUGUGUGGUGAUGAGGCGGCAGCAAUGAGAAGUAUGCUUCAAAUUUCAUACCCAAUGGAAAAUGGAAUCAUCAAGAAUUGGGAAGAUAUGGAACACCUUUGGGAUUAUGCAUUCUACGAACGUAUGAAAAUAAAUCCACAAGGUCGAAAAGUGUUGUUGACCGAACCUCCAAUGAAUCCAUUGAAGAAUAGAGAGAACAUGUGUAAUGUGAUGUUUGAGAAGUACAACUUUGGAGGCGUUUAUGUUGCAAUCCAGGCAGUGUUGGCACUUUAUGCUCAGGGGUUGUCAUCUGGUGUUGUUGUUGAUUCUGGUGAUGGUGUUACGCAUAUUGUGCCGGUCUACGAAUCUGUUGUUUUGAACCACCAGACCAGGAGACUGGAUGUUGCCGGUAGAGACGUCACUAGAAAUUUGAUCAAUUUACUCUUAAGAAGAGGCUAUGCCUUCAAUAGAACAGCAGAUUUUGAUACGGUUAGACAAAUAAAGGAACAGCUAUGUUAUGCCUCGUAUGAUUUGGAUUUCGAUACCAAGCUAGCAAACGAAACUACAACUUUGGUCAAGAACUUCGAAUUGCCAGAUGGUAGAGUUAUUAAGAUUGGCUCUGAGAGAUUUGAAGCCCCAGAAUGUUUAUUCCAACCAUCUCUUGUUGACAUUGAACAGCCAGGUGUUGGAGAGGCGCUUUUCAAUACCAUUCAAUCCUGUGAUGUUGAUAUUAGAUCGACCCUUUAUAAAUCCAUUGUUUUAUCAGGAGGUUCUUCAAUGUACCCGGGAUUACCUUCAAGAUUGGAGAAGGAACUAAAACAGUUGUGGUUCACAAGGGUUUUGAAGAAUGAUCCUACUCGAUUGGAUAAAUUCAAAGUUAGAAUUGAAGACCCUCCACGUAGAAAGCAUAUGGUUUUCAUAGGUGGUGCUGUUUUGGCUAACAUCAUGGCCGACAAAGAGCACAUGUGGAUAACCAAACAAGAAUGGGAAGAACAGGGUCCAAGAAUUUUGGACAAGUUAGGUCCUCGUUAG